GGGAGAGAAGAUAUAGUGAAUGCAGUGUACGGGGAGACCAGAUAUAGUGAAUGCGGGGUCCGGGGAGACCAGAUAUAGUGAAUGCAGGGGUCCGGGGAGACCAGAUAUAGUGAAUGCAGGGUCCGGGGAGACCAGAUAUAGUGAAUGCAGGGUCCGGGGAGACCAGAUAUAGUGAAUGCAGGGUCCGGGGAGACCAGAUAUAGUGAAUGCAGGGUCCGGGGAGACCAGAUAUAGUGAAUGCAAGGUCCGGGGAGACC